AUGGCGACCGCGGCUGCUGCUGCUACUGCUGCUGCUGCUUCUUCUGCUACUGCUGCUGCUGCUGCUGCUGCUGCUGCUGCUGCUGCUGCUGCUGCUGCUGCUGCUGCUGCUGCUGCUGCUGCUGCUGCUGCUGCUGCUGCUGCUGCUGCUGCUGCUGCUGGGCAAAGCUUGUUGACUGGUGCUCACAUGUUCGUCACCUCGCUCCUCUUCUCCAUGGCUACUGGCCCCGGCUGGACCGCGAACGACUCUUUCCGGGCCAACUUUUGUGGCCCGAAUGACCCGUACACUCCAGCCUGCAUCAGCGGCAACCCUCUCUUCAGUCACAGCCACCAGUUUCUCCAACUGCAGAAUGUCACACAGUCGCUCCUCCUUUUCUCUCUUGCUGCUUCUAUCUGCUGGGCGGGGCUGCUUCUAUGGGAGAUAUUUUCCGCCUUGUCGGCAACAGGCCACGUCCUUGUAUUGCCCCACGAGCUGGCAUACGCAGCAGGGCAGGCUGUCACGUACGCGCUGGCAGCAGCAGUCCUGCUGCUCUUCCAGAGAAGGCGGGAUGUGACUGUGUGUGCGGUCAUGUACGCGGGCCCGCUGCUGCUCUCCCGCUUUGUGGACGUUGCUGCGGGCAAGCAGCUAUUUCAAGGCGAGGGCGUGGCGCUUGUGGCGCUGCUGCUGCUGGCUAAAGCGACAGAAACGGCUGUGGGGCAUCAGUUCAACUUCCAGACACAGGCGCUGGGUCUUGAGAUUCGAGCAGCGCUGGUGGGAGCGCUGUAUCAGAAAGGCCUGCGGCUGUCGAGCAGGGCGAAGCAGCGGCACACAGUGGGCGAGGUGGUGAACUACAUGUCGACAGACGUGCAGCGCCUGGCAGACCUCAUGCUGCAGCUGCACAACGUGUGGGUGCUGCCCCUGCAGAUCGCCAUCGCCCUCGUCAUCCUCUUCCAUGUGGUGGGGGCGAGCAUGGUGGCGGGGCUGGCAGUGAUGGUGGCAGCGCUGCUGCUCAACCUCCUCAUAGCAGCUUCUCUACGUGCCACAGUGGGGCACAUUCUUAAAGCCAAGGACCGCCGCAUGAAGGCCACGUCGGAGGCGCUCUCCUCCAUGCGGGUCAUCAAGCUGUACGCCUGGCAGCCCUUCUUCGAGAAUCAAAUCAAAUCUCUGCGUGCUGCCGAGGCCAGUUGGCUGGCAAGGUACAUGGCGAUAGGGGCGGCCAACAUCUGUCUGCUGUGGCUGUCGCCUCUGGCCGUGUCGGUGGGGACCUUCGGCGCCAUGGUGCUCGUGGGUGUGCCGCUCACCCCUGGGGCUGUUUUCACUGCCAUCGCCACCUUCCGCAUCCUACAGGAGCCGCUGCGCUCGUUCCCGUCGGUGGUGGCGGCUCUAGCGCAGGCCAUGGUGUCACUCAAGCGAGUCACCACCUUCCUCCUAGAAGAGGAGAUUCAGAGCGAUGCUGUGACUCGCGUGGAUGGCCCGAAGGAAGGGCUGGGGAGUGGGGGACAAGGAAGGGAAGAGAGGAGGGAUGGCGUGAAGGGUGUGGCAAAUGAUGUGGUGGUGCGGGUGCAGAAUGGUGUGUUUAGCUGGGAGGGCGAUGCUAGCAAGCCGACACUGAAUGGAAUCGAGUUGGAGAUUAAAAAGGGGAUGAGGGUGGCUGUGUGUGGAGCGGUGGGGGCGGGCAAGUCGAGCCUGUUGGCGUGCCUGCUAGGGGAGAUGCCCAAGAUAAGAGGCAAGAUCUCAAAGGCAGUGGGGGUGGGUGUGGCAAAGUCGAGCCUGCUGGCGUGCCUGCUAGGGGAGAUGCCCAAGAUAAGAGGCAAGGUCCUCAUAGCAGGCCGCACGGCCUACGUGCCACAGUCUGCAUGGAUCCUGAACGGCACCGUGCGCCACCUCUCACCACCAUCUCCCGCACCGCUCCACCACAACCUUCCCUCUUCCCCCCCUGUCACCCUGGCGGGCCGCACAGCCUAUGUGCAGCAGUCCGCAUGGAUCCAAAACGCCACAGUGCGCCACCUCUCCUCUCCCACACAACCUACCUUCUCCUCCACCCUGCGCCAAUUCCAGGUCACCCUGGCGGGCCGCACAGCCUAUGUGCCGCAGUCCGCAUGGAUCCAAAACGCCACAGUGCGCGACAACAUUCUUUUCGGGCAGCCCAUGGACCGGGCGCGCUACAGCCGGGUGCUGCAGCAGUGCGCGCUACAGCCGGACCUGGCGCUGCUGGCCCACGGGGACGCCACGCAGAUAGGCGAGAGGGGGGUGAACCUGAGUGGCGGGCAGAAGCAGCGGAUACAACUGGCCCGGGCAAUGUAUGCGGGGGGAGGGGGAACUGAGGCAGGGGGGACUGGGGGAGGGGGGACUGGGGGAGGGGGAAUGGGAGGAGGGGAAACGAGGGAAGGGGGGCCUGAGGGAGGCAUGCGAGAUGGAGAAGCAGGAGGGAAGCACGGGGAGAGGGCGGAUGGAACCGGGGUUGCGGAGGAGCAAGGAGGAGUGGACGGGCAAGGGGGUGAUGCGGAGGUGUUUCUAUUGGAUGAUCCGUUCAGUGCCGUUGAUGCUCACACGGGCUCGCAGCUCUUCACUGAGUGUGUGCUGCGGGGCCUGGCGGGGAAGACUGUCGUUCUGGUGACACACCAAGUGGACUUCCUGCCCGCUAUGGACCUCAUUCUGGUGAUGAAAGAAGGGAGCAUCGUGCAGAGUGGGCGGUAUGAGGACCUGCUGGCACAGGGAACGGACUUCUCCUCCCUCGUGGACGCUCACACCGAUGCCAUGCACUCCCUUGCUGCCACCACCACCACCACCACCGCUGGUCCCGCUGCUGCUGCUGCUGCUAGUGCUGCUGGUGAUGGUGAUGCUGCUGCUGCUGCUGCUGCUGCUGCUGCUGCUAAAUAUGCCUCAUCUGCUGUUAAAGCUGCACCUGCCUCUGCGGAUGCAGCUCCAUCCAUCUCCCAGGUGGGCUUUCUGCGGGUGUACGUGCUGUUGGCACUGGGCAGUGUGCUCUUUGUGCUGCUGCGCACGGUGGCAGUCUCCUGGAUGGGGUGGGAGACAGCGCAGGCGCUAUUUGCCCGCAUGCUGCACGCUGUCUUUCGGGCGCCCAUGAGCUUCUUUGACUCCACUCCUGCAGGAAGAGUGCUUUCCCGGGCGUCAACAGACCAGGCAACAGUGGAUCUAGACCUCCCAUUCCGCUUUGGCACGGUUCUCUCUCUUCUCUUCCAGCUGCUCGGCAUCCUCUCAGUCACCUCCUUCAUCACCUGGCCUGUGCUCUUUGCUAUAGUGCCCCUUGCCUACUUCUACUUCUCUUAUCAGGAGUACUACCUGACCACGUCUAGGGAGCUCUCUCGACUGGAUGGCAUCACCAAGUCGCCCAUCAUCGAGCACUUCAGCGAGUCGCUAGCCGGAGCAGCGGUGAUCCGAGCCUUUGGUGAAGAAUCUCGGUUCGCGCGCACGAGUGCAGCACGGGUGGACAGCAACACACGCGUGGCGUUCUGCAGCAGAGGCGCCGUGGAGUGGCUGGGUUUCCGCCUCGAGCUGCUGGGCUCGCUGCUGCUCUGCUUCUCUGCGCUCAUGCUCACGCUACUACCACCUUCAGUGGUGUCACCAGGCCUAGCAGGCAUGUCCCUCUCCUACGGCCUUGCGCUCUCGCAAGCGCUCUUCUUCGUGGUGUGGGCGUGGUGCUCCCUGGAGAACCAGAUGGUGUCAGUGGAGCGAAUCCUCCACUUCUCCCACCCCGCCGUGCCCUCGGAAGCCCCUCUUGUUAUCGCCAACCACCGUCCACGGCCCGAUUGGCCGAACAAGGGGCGAGUGGAGUUUCAGGAUCUUCAGGUCCAGUACCGGCCAGACCUGCCAAUGGUGCUGAAGGGCGUGACUCUGAACAUCCCAGGCGGGCACAAGGUGGGGAUUGUGGGCCGCACCGGCAGCGGCAAGUCAACGCUCGUCGCCGCUCUCUUCCGAUUGGUCGAGCCGGCGGGCGGCAGGGUGGUGAUUGAUGACGUGGACAUUGGGAGCAUCGGAUUGGGCGACCUGAGGGGGCGGCUGGCGAUCAUACCACAAGACCCGACGCUGUUCCAGGGGUCUAUCCGAAUGAACUUAGACCCUGCAGGAGAAUACAGUGACGCUCAGAUAUGGGAGGCACUGGACCGAUGUCAGCUGGGGGACACUGUGAAGGGCAUGGAGGCAAAGCUGGAUGCCCAGGUGGUGGAGGGAGGGGAGAACUGGAGCGUGGGGCAGAGGCAGCUGUUCUGCCUUGGCCGGGCGCUGCUGAAGAACUCGCGGAUUCUAGUGCUGGACGAAGCGACGGCGUCCGUUGAUUCCGCCACCGACGUGGCGAUCCAACGGACGAUAAAGGAGAGCUUUGGCGGGGCGACGAUCAUCAGCAUCGCGCACCGGAUCGCGACGGUCAUUGACAGUGACUUGGUGGUGGUGAUGGAUGGAGGAACCGUGGCGGAGUGCAACUCACCAGCUGAGCUCAUGCGUGACCCUGAUUCAAUGUUUUCUCGCCUUGUGGCGGAGUAUGCAGAUCAAGCCGCUCCUGCAGCAGAAACCGUCGACGCGACGGCUGCAGCUGCUGCUGACCUGUCAAUCGCCGAUAAGCCAGCAGCAGAGGCCACGGAGCAGAAGGAUCAGAAAGAGAAGAAGGAGAAGAAGGAAAAACCCAAAAAGGAGAAGGUCCCUAAGGAGAAAAAGCCCAACCAACAAGGCGGAGGAGGCGGAGGCGGCGGAGGGGGGAAGAAGGAGGUGAAGAAGGAGACGCUGCUGGGUCUGUCGGUUAAGAAAUCAGAGGACUAUGGGAAGUGGUACUCGGAGGUGGUGGUUCAGUCAGAGCUGAUUGAGUACUAUGACGUGUCCGGCUGUUACAUCCUCCGACCCUGGUCCUACUCCAUCUGGGAAACCAUCAAGGACUUCUUUGAUGCGGAGAUCAAGCAGCUGGGCGUGCAGAACUCCUACUUCCCCAUGUUCGUCUCUGAGAGGGCGCUCAACGCUGAGAAGGACCACGUCGAGGGCUUUGCUCCCGAGGUGGCAUGGGUGACCAAGUCAGGUCAAUCUGAGUUAGACGUGCCCAUCGCCAUCCGCCCCACGAGUGAGACGGUGAUGUACCCCAUCUACGCCAAGUGGAUUCACUCGCACCGCGACCUGCCGCUGAAGCUCAACCAGUGGAACAGCGUCGUGCGCUGGGAGUUCAAGCACCCCACGCCCUUCAUCCGGAGUCGCGAGUUCCUGUGGCAGGAGGGCCAUACCGCCUUCGCCAGCAAGGAGGAGGCGGAUGUUGAAGUGUUGGCCAUCCUGGAGCUGUACCGCCGCAUCUAUGAGGAGCUGCUGGCCGUGCCGGUGGUGAAGGGCGUGAAGAGCGAGCGGGAGAAGUUUGCUGGGGGGCUCUACACCACCACUGUCGAGGCGUUCAUCCCAGCGACGGGCAGGGGCAUCCAGUCGGCCACGUCGCACUGCCUGGGACAGAACUUUGCCAAGAUGUUCAACAUUGAGUUUGAGGACGACAAGGGCGCCAAGCAGAUGGUCUGGCAGAACAGCUGGGGGCUCUCCACCCGCUCGAUUGGAGUGAUGGUGAUGGUGCAUUCAGACGACAAGGGCCUCGUGCUGCCGCCCAACGUGGCGCCCAUCCAAGCCAUCGUCGUCCCCAUCCCCUUCAAGGACGCCGACCGGGCGGCCGUCGUGGCAGCAGCAGCCGACGUGGGCGCCCAGCUGCGGGCGGCGGGGGUGCGGGUGAAAGAGGACGCGCGCGACAACUACUCCCCAGGCUUUAAGUACAACUUCUGGGAGCUCAGGGGUGUUCCCAUCCGUGUGGAGCUGGGUCCCAGGGACCUUGCCAACAAGCAGGUGGUGUUGGUGCGGAGGGACACGGGCGCCAAGGAGUCAGCGCCCUGGGAGGGGCUGGGCGAGCGGGUGAAGGCGCUGCUAGCGACGAUCCACGCGGACAUGCUGGCGCGCGCCACCAAGGAGCGCGAUGACAGCAUCGUCAAGAUUACAAAGUGGGAAGAGUUCAUGCCGGCAAUCGAUGCCAAGAAGAUGGUGCUGGCGCCGUGGUGCGAUGAGGAGGCGGUGGAGGAGGAUGUGAGGAAGCGGAGCGCCGGUGCUGGGGAAGGCGGGUCCGCCAAGACUUUGUGCAUGCCGUUCGAGCAGCCCGAGCUGCCAGAAGGCGCACUCUGCUUUGCAUCGGGCAAGCCAGCCAAGAAGUGGGCUCUGUGGGGCCGCAGCUACUAA